AUGGAAGAAGGCGAUGGAGGGCAACCAGGAAACAUUGUCACUGAAUAUUGCGAACGUGGAGACCUAAAAAAAUUCAUAAACAACCCGAACCAAACCUAUUCAAUUUCUCUUGUGAUCGAUUGGGCAUGUCAAAUAUUUGAUGCAUUGCUCUGCCUAUACAGAAAGAGCAUCUUCCAUCGUGAUAUCAAACCAUCAAAUAUGCUUCUUGGAGAAAAGUAUCAACUAAAACUCUGCGACUUUGGCCUGUCAAAAGCGGAACUUACAAAUAAUUCCUGCUAUGGAGUGCACGGUACCAUUCGAUACCUAGCACCAGAAGCGUUUACCGACCAUAAAAAUCAGCAAAUCUAUACGUAUGCAAGUGAUCUCUAUUCUGCCGGUUUGGUUCUCUGGGAAUGUAUCGAAAGACGUGAUGUCUUUCAUGAAACUGUCGACCAUCGGAUGCUCCAGUCGCGUAUUUGUUCGGGGACGCCGUUAGAAAGAGCGAAUUGUCUAGCCCCUGUCGCUGAUUUGAUAGAAAAAUGUGCUCAACGUGUGCCACAGGAUCGACCCAGUGCGGCGAAAGCACGCAAAGAUGCAAGGCGCUUAAAAGGGGAGCCGAUUUAUCGAAUCUUCGACAAAUGGCGGAAUCAUACUAUAGCCGUCCCAGAAAAUAAAGUACCAUUGCCUGUCAUCGGUAGAUGGGGCGACGUGCCGGAAGAAGAAAAAACACCCUGCGCUAGACUUAAUCUUGAGCAAAUGCUUGAUGACGUCCAAAUCGGGCACGAAUCAGAAAUUGAUGCACAAUCAGAACCCGAAAUGCAUAAGAUAUCCCCGAUGUCAGACCUUGAUUCUAAUGAGCUCACAUCUUCUGAUGAACUUCGGAAAAUUGUCGACAAAAUAGGAAUUGGCAAAGAAGAGACAGUGGAUGAUAUUGAGAAAUGGAUGAAGGAAGUGAUCAACGCUAAGCUACUUCCAGAAGAAUUCACAUCCGAACAUGGAUUUCGGCUGGAGUUCCGAGACAUGCUUGAUGAGUUGAGCUUUGAGCAUGAAUUUGAGAAGGGAAAAACGGAUCUUCACGAACUGUAUUGUGCCUUUAUUCAGACGAUAAGUCACCGAGCACCUCUAUAUACUUCCUUCUCUUCAGCCCAAUCUUCUGAUAUCAGUGGGAUGAUGAAUAUCCUUCAUUCUCCAAUAUUCCGCGAAGUGUUGUCGAGAACCAGCUGCUGGUUUGCACUCCUCAGCAAUAAAAGAUAUCCAUCCGAGAUGGAUGUUUAUGAAUGGGUCGGUGUAUGGAAAGACCUAACGUUGUGGGGUAAUAGGUCGAUAAAGGAUGGGAUCAACUUCUCAUCAUUUGUCAUUCGAAUUAUACAGAAACUUUUGAAUGGAGGGACAUCAGAGGGUGAGGGAAAUGGCAUCCACCAUGGCCCCUGGCAUUUUCCAUUUAUCGGUGAGAAACAGAGGGCUUUUGAGGAGAAAUAUAAUGUUCGAAUUCUGCUCAUUACAUACGAAGGGAGGGAAGCGAGAUGGUUCUGGAUCUUCCCUAGCGACAAGCCCGACGCAGCUCUAUGCCUUUGGUAUGGUUCGUCUCGAUGGUUCCGCAUUGCCAUGGGUUCUUCCUCCAAGUGUCUAAAAUAUGAGCAAAUGGAGUUGGGAAUCAUUCCAAAAGAUGAGAAAUGGAAAGUGACAUCGGAGAAGAUUAAUGAAUCGACUUAUAAAAGGACAUGGACACCGGAUGAAGAGGGGGAAGAGACGUGGAUAUGGACGGUUUGUCCGUUUCCA